AUGAUCUUUCGUUUUAAGCGUGUCACGAUGGAUCGGAUCCUGAAACAGGUGGAUACGAUCGUACGCUUUCUCGAGCCAAACCUGGCAUUUAUCAACUGCCACAUGGUGGAUUAUCUCACGGAACAACACUGGAAACGGUUUGUGCCAGACGCGAUACAGCGCGAGCUACAAACGGUCGAUGAUUAUCUUCAGGCGAAGGAACUAUUCUGGGGUCAAUUCGAACCAGAGCACGAGAAACAGGUCCGGUUUCCGAGCGUGAAAGCAUUUAUCAAUAAUACGAGCAGAUAUCGAUUGAGUGGAAGUGAAGUGCACGAUACGGCACUCACGCUGGAUGAAUUUAAAGAUGCUUUAUCCGAUCAUCGUAAGGAAACGCGGUUGAAAAUGACCGAACUGAUGAAUGUGAAAAAGUGUCACGAGGUAGAAGUGGCUGCUGCUGCCGUGGCGUCACUGUGUACGGCUAUGGUAUCCGCAAAUCCAGUCACAAAGCUGGAAGAUAUUUUAGUAAUUGACGCAGGCGAUGGGAAAGGUUAUCUUUCGUCGAGGAUUGCUUUAGAGCAUGGAAUAAAAGUGCUUGGUGUGGACUGCAACGAGGAGAACACUAGCAAUGCAGAAAAGCGUCUCGAGCGUCUAAAGAACAAAAUUCCCAAAGCUAUCCGGAAGUCAAAUCUGGAAGAGGAUGAAUAUUUUACCAACUUGAUCAAGGCGGAAGACACGCUAAACACACUGUACAAAACAGCGACGCAGCUGAUCGAUUUUAAUACAAACUUGAUAGAGUUAGUCGCCAGAUACUUUCCCCAGGGCAAUCACAACACUUUCUGUUUGUGCGGUUUGCAUACCUGUGGCAAUCUCGGACCGAACUGUCUUCGUUUGUUUCAUCAAAAUCCUACCAUUAGAGGGAUAUGCAACGUUGGCUGCUGUUACCAGCUGAUGCAGGAACAGUUCAUUGUCGAUGAGUUUUACAAUCCAGCGAAAGCAGCCGACAAUCCCGGGUAUGGCUUUCCGAUGAGCAAAUACCUGCAAGAACGUUCCUUUGCCUUAGGACGCAAUGCGCGCAAUCUGGCAGCGGAAUCAAUCGAACGAACAUGCACGAAGCGUGAGAAUCCUAGCGACAAGCUUGGCUAUCGAGCACUGCUGCAGGUAGUGUUUCUAGAGCGUGGUGAGAAAAAAUCCCACCAGGUCGGACGACUCAAGUGCAAUGGAUUCGUAGACUAUGUAAGAAAAUCCAUCCACAGGUUAGCAUUGAGCGAAAGUGUUACGAUAACGGACGAGUCUUUAUUGGAGCUGGAAGCACGCUUUACGGUGGAGUUGGAACAAUUAAAGGUGUACUAUCUGAUACGGCAACAGUUUGCACCGGUAAUUGAAACGUUAAUCCUAUUGGACCGAUUGCUGUACCUGAGAGAAUGUGGAUAUGAUCGUAGCUUUCUGGUAAAACUGUUCGAACCAGUCGUGUCGCCUCGUUGUUACGCCUUAAUAGCAUUAAAAUAGAAACUUUCAUCGAAUAAGAA